UGUCUCGAUUUGGGGCUCCGGAGAAACAAGGAAAGAAGGCGAGAAACAAAGGAGGCUUCCUUCGUGUCUGGGUUGGCCGGAUAUCUCACCCCUCCCCUCCUUCCUCCUCUCUCUAUCUCUAUCUCUCUCUACAGUGGAAUUACUGAGAGCCAAAAACAGCCCAAUAAGAGGCAAAUCUCAAAAUCCCCCAUUUAUGCUACUGCAGAUAUUCAGGUGUUAAUGACAAAUCCCUGAUCCUGAGCUAAUCAUGUCAGAAGGUGCAGAAGUUGAUGAGCGUGUGGACUUUGAUGAAGAAAACUACAUGGAAGAGAUGGAAGAUGAUGUUGAAGAACAAAUAUAUGAUGAGGGAGUGGAUGGAGGUGGGGAUGAAAAUGAAGAGAAUGUCGAGGAACAUGAAUAUGAUGAUUCAGUAGCGGAAGCUUGUGAGAAAGACCAAUAUCCUGAAGUAGAUGGAAGUGACAUUGUAACUGACUCUGUGGAAAACGAGCAAAAGCCAUUUUCGAUUGAUGAAAAUGAGAAGGAGAAACACGAAGAACUUCUUGCACUUCCUCCUCAUGGUUCUGAAGUCUUUAUUGGUGGACUUCCUCGGGAUACAUGCGAAGAUGAUUUAAGAGAAAUGUGUGAACCAAUUGGUGAUAUUCUUGAGGUUAGACUUAUGAAAGAUAGAGAUACAGGAGAUGUUAAGGGCUACGCUUUUGUGGCAUUUAAAACGAAAGAGAUUGCACAAAGGGCCAUUGAAGAGUUACAUAACAAGGAAUUUAAGGGUAAAACUUUAAGGUGUUCUGUGUCUGAAACAAAACACAGAUUGUUUAUUGGUAAUGUUCCAAAAAACUGGACAGAGGAUGAGUUCAGCAAACUCAUCAUGGGUGUUGGUCCUGGAGUUGAAAAUAUUGAGCUGAUAAAGGACCCCCAAAAUGCGAGCAGGAAUCGCGGGUUUGCUUUUGUUUUGUAUUAUAAUAAUGCCUGUGCUGAUUAUUCUCGGAAGAAGAUGUCAAAUGCAAACUUUAAGCUGGAUGGUAAUACCCCCACUGUCACGUGGGCAGAUCCGAAGAAUUCACCUGAUCAUUCAGCUUCCUUACAGGUUAAAGCUCUUUAUGUGAAAAACAUACCUGAGAAUACUACUACUGAACAACUGAAGGAACUGUUCUGUCGACACGGAGAAGUGACGAAAGUGGUCAUGCCUCCUGGCAAAGCUGGAGGCAAACGUGACUUUGGUUUCAUUCAUUAUGCAGAGAGGUCAAGUGCAUUGAAGGCAGUAAAAGAGACAGAAAAAUAUGAAAUAGAUGGUCAAGUGUUGGAAGUUGUUCUAGCGAAGCCUCAAGCCGAGAAAAAAACUGAUGGAGGUCAUGCCUACAGUCCCGGACUUCAUCCACAUCCUGGGUAUGGUGGUUUCUCAGGAAAUCUAUAUGGUUCUGUGCGGCCUGGAUAUGGCGUUACUGGUGGUUAUCAACAACCAGUGAUAUAUGGUAGGGGUCCUAUGCCAGCAGGAAUGCAGAUGGUUCCAAUGGUACUACCUGAUGGUCGUAUCGGCUAUGUCCUUCAACAGCCUGGUGCACAGAUGUCAGCUCCCCGACCCCACAGGAACAACGGUCGAAGCAGUCAGCCGGGGCGAGGGGGAGGCAGCGGCAAUGAUGAGGGCAAUCGCAGUAGAAGGUAUCGACCUUAUUAAUGAUAGAAGGCGGAGAUUCAGAUGUUUCUUGAGGCAACCUGCUUUUGGUUGGUGGUUAGGGACUUUUAGGGACCAGCGACUUGUAAUUGCUUCGUUAUAUGCAUCAAGAUUUUAUCUCAAUCCCUGCUCGUUACUAGAAAGGUGGAAAAGCAGAGAAAGAAUAUAAAUAUAUGGUUAAGGAUUAGGGUCAUGCAUAAUCUCUUAGGAUGUGGUCGGUGUCUUCCGCUAUUAGAUGAAUCAGCUGAGCAAUUCAGUAUCGUUUCUGCUUUGUAACCCUUGCCGGCUAUUUUUAUUUAUAACCAGUUUAAUAGAAGUUUGAUUUCGGCAACUUAUUAUUACUAUUAUUCAAUUUUUCAAGCUCAA